AUGAAAAAUCAUAUUGCAGGGUCAACUAAGGAAGACAUAAUCAGGAAAGUAGUUUUAGAACUAAAAACUCGAGAAGCACAGCUACAAAUUUUGAUAUUAAUGGAACUCAUUCUCUGUUGGGGUAAAGAUGAGACAUCCUUUUUGAUCGACAACGCAAAAGUCCAAGAAAAAAAGGCUAAGAAAAUCCGCAAACCGUCUCUAGUUCGUCGAAAAAAGGGCAAUAAGAAGAUCAUUCCCACAUUUCUUGGUGUUGGAAUACAGGAUUCGUCUACAGACACACAAUCUUCAACUCGAGGUGAAGUAAACGAAUUUACAUUGUAUACGUCUUUAAUUGCGCUUGUUGAUCAAAUGAGUAUUUGGGAUACGUUAUUGGGUCGUACAAAGGGAGAAAAGGAUGAGAGCAUGUAUGGGUUUCUAGCUUAUGUGCUUGUGCCCUAUUAUAACAAACAAACACCCGAAAUUGUGAAUUUCAUAAUUCAAAAAGUUAAAGAACUGCGCCCUAAGCUUCACGUACCAAAAUCACGCUCCAGGUCGUCAAGAAGUGAAUCACACAGCAAAGAGAAAAAGGCGGGGCAACAAGAAAUGCAAGAACCAGAAGUGCUAUCAAAGCGAACAUCAAAGUUCUCUAAAACAUUACUUUCCGCAAAUAAGGUUCCAUUUUUACACAGAUCUGUUACGGAUGUUCCUACUGACCUUCAACCAGCAUUCCUGUUGAAACGUUCCAAAUCAAAUCUCGGUUCUAAAAACCUUAAACGAAGACAAGUUGAUAUGUCUCUCGUUAGGUCGGAAUCGCAAGAUGCUGAGGAAGCUAAAAAAAGCAAACUGUUUCUCUUUGGAGAUGCAAGAAAGAUUAAGUCUGUUCCAGCAGAUCCAACUCCACAUUCGUUGGUCCAAGUGGAAGCAACUCCAGCGAGAAAAUCUUUGCCAAGACACCAAUCUGCUUCUAGCUAUCCUCAAAUCAUGGAAACUCCCUCUACGAAUAGAAUCAAAGAGCUUCCUCAUGUUCCCGAGACACCGCAUCAUAUGCACGAGGAAUCCUUUACUGUACCACAGAAACAGAAGCUAAGUGUCAAUGAAAUGUUUGCACAACUUGCACCUCCGGAGAACUUUGAUUGCAUCACAUCUUCUCCCGUUCGUGGAGGAGAUAGUUGCUUUCCUCCUCUGGAAAGAAGAAAGAGUUUGGUAAACUCCUCAAGCCAAAACGUACAUGUCAAGGAAGUCGGAUCCUUCGCUGCCAACACUUUGUCAACUUUGCAUUCUCCAUUCGCCGGCUCUAUAAAUGGCUCUCCUCCCCCGAAACGUAAGCAAGCCUACAAACUUGGCUCUUCCACUAAACGCACUAAUGCUUCAAUGGCUUCGAAUACUACUGAAAGUAUUCUUUUCUCGGGCGAAAGUCUUGUUCUGGAAAUUUCUGAAAAGACGAUUCCAAUGGAGCACUCAGAUACAGUGAAAGAUACUAUCGUGGAAAGCCCGAUGAAUGGUGACACUGAACAAGUAUCUGAAGGCGAAGAAGAGUUUGAGGACGAUUCAGGGUCAGACUCAGAUCUUGAAAAACUUCUAGCUUUUUCAUCCCGACCAAGUCUCAGAACAUACAGGAAGCGAUAG